GUGGGCAGGUAUAUAAAGAUGGCGUCUGUCUGAAGGGCGAACAAUUCUUUGCUGCACCUUCCCUCUUCAACAUCACAAGGAUGCGGCCAGCCAGUGGGAUGUGGUAUCUGGUGGUGGUGUUGGUGGUAAUGACGCCACUCGCACAGGCUACACUGUCCCUCGCCGUCCUGCCCGCUGUGGCUUCCGUCGGUGGCCUCGCUGCCCUUAAGCUUCUGAAGUACGUGGGUUUGUCGAAGCUUAAAAAUGCAGUCUCCAACAGUGGCCUGGAUGCCAUCACUGACCUUGAUGACUCCGGGAAUGACUACUACGACCGCCAGCCCCUCUUCGUGGCACCGCCCCCUACCAUCGUCGCGCCGUCCCCCUCCUACUUUGCUUCGCCUCCCUCCUACUACCCACCCUCCUUUACUCCCCUCCCUCUGUCCAGCCCCCCCGCCUUCUAUAUAGUCCCUGCCUCAGGCUUCCACAACUUUAGGACUCGCCGAGACGUUUCGAGAGCGUCAGGUUCCGGGGCGGAGGCGGAGAAGGUGGCGUUAAAGUCUGAGAGGGAAUAUUUCGACAUGAUCAGUGGCCUGGACCGCGAUGGGUGUGUGCUGCGAGCGGUGUGUGAGGUGGCCAGCGAACCUGUGCACACGCUGACGGAGGACGAGAAGACGAUAAUGGCUGCCUUUAGCGCUCCUUACAAACCGUCCCGCCGAGGCCCAACCACUUGGAGGGACAUUUACUAUCAAGCGCUGUGGGUUGGCAGGACAGCGAGCGACGCCACCACCACCUGCGCCAAGACGUACACCAGGUGCCCUGUUCCUGCCCGAGAGCUGCUCAAGGCGCUGCAAGAGCAGGAGCGACAGAAGGAAGGAAAAGCGUCACGCCAGUAAAGUUAUCCCGUAUAGGUCCGAAGUAACAGCUCAUUUGGCAGCCUCGAUUCCUGAUAUUGGCUGUCUUCUAUAGUCUGUUCUUAGACCUUGUGGACUUGAUCGAAGUUUGCAUUAGGUUAUUUUAGACUGAUAACAGGAUUCGGGUGUGUCCAAUUUUCCUUAUCCAAAUCAUGUUUCGCCUGAUGCCUGGUUGAAAUUGUACUGAAUUGAGUUGUUAGGAUUUUCAGAAUCAAGCUGACCAGUGAGUGACUAUGAUACACUAUGGGUCCUGUUGGUAUGUCCAUACUGAGUGAAUAAUUAUCAGAUUGGACAAAAAAUGACGAAACGCUGGAUAUGAAAAAAGGAUGAGUUGCUUGACUGAAAUGUUUUGCAUGUCUGGCGAAGAAAAGUGAACUGUAGGGUGAUAGAAAUGGUCAAAUGCGGCGCCUUCAGUGGCUUGCUCAUGUGAGGAGAGAAAGAAGUGGCAUGGCAAGGGCGGUAUAAAGGCGGACUGAGUACUUUGGGUGUAAGAACAAAGUAAUUCAAGAUCUGAGAGAGAAGAGGGAUGGGUCACUGAUAGAGUGUACAGCAGUGGAAUGUACGGACAAGAAGGUAUUGAGAUUCUUUUGUCGCGGGCAUUCUCUUAAAAAGGGAGUUCCAAGUACUGGGCAUCAGAGUAGAUUACAUUACAUUAGAUAUCUGUAUACCAUGUCUUUUAUUCUUUAUAUUUUCUUCUUUUUCGUCGUAGCUUAAUAUGCUUACACCUGAAUAUUUGCUCAUGUAGAUUCUUUGCAGUGGCUGACGACGUGUUUGUAACUAAUUGACGGACAGAUAUUUUGGCGCCACAACAACGGGCUAUGUGACACCGUCCGUGCAUAAACAUGUAACAUAAAUACAUGAAUAGUACAUA